CUUUCAAAAGACCCAACCCAGAAUCCAAAACGCAAGCCUAGUGAUUUCUCCCUCAGGACCCAUUUGAAUUCAAUCAGUGUUUCUUGAGUCUGGGAGAGGGAGAGAGGAAGCCAUGGCAGGGAGAUAUUGUUGCAGAGAUGUGCUGCCAUUCACAGCUAUGGUUACAAUGGAGUGUGUGAAUGUGGGUUUAAACACACUUUUCAAAGCAGCAACGUUGAAAGGGAUGAACAACCAUGUCUUUGUUGUCUAUGCUUAUGCUGUUGCUGCUCUUGUUCUCCUUCCUGCCCCUUUCUUCUCUCAUAGAUCAAGAGUGCUGCCUCCACUGAACUCCUCCAUAGCUUGUAAAAUUGGUCUUCUGGGUCUGAUAGGGAGUUCAUCUCAGAUUAUUGGGUAUACAGGAAUCAAAUACAGCUCUCCAACACUUGCUUCAGCUAUCAGCAACCUCACUCCAGCUUUCACUUUCGUCCUUGCCAUCAUUUUCAGGAUGGAGAAGGUUGCUUUGAGAAAAGCAAGCAGUCAGGCUAAAGUGUGGGGGACUAUAGUAUCAGUCACAGGUGCAUUUGUGGUGACCCUGUAUAAGGGCCCUCCGAUCAUUUUAGCUUCAUCAUCACCAUCCAUUUCCCUUCAAACCCUUCACUCAUCAAAUUCAAAUUGGGUCCUCGGAGGUGUAUGUCUCACUAUUGAGUAUAUUUUGGUUCCAAUGUGGUACAUAGUUCAGGCACAAAUCAUGAAGGAGUAUCCAGCGGAGCUAACCGUAGUGUUCUUCUACAAUUUGUGUGUGAGCAUUGUAGCUGCAAUUGUGAGUUUGGUUACAGAAGGAACUUCAAGUGCUUGGAGGGUGGAGCCUAAUGUAGCCUUGGCCUCGAUCAUCUGCUCGGGACUAUUUGGUUCUUGCCUGAACAAUGUUGUUCAUACAUGGGCCCUGCACCAUAAGGGUCCUGUCUUUGUAGCAAUGUUCAAGCCGUUGUCGAUUGCCAUUGCUGCUGCCAUGGGUGUCCUGUUCCUUGGCGAUACUCUCCAUCUUGGAAGUCUUAUUGGAGCAGCGAUAAUAUCGGUUGGAUUUUAUACCGUAAUGUGGGGAAAAGCUCAAGAAGAAAUAGGCAAGGAUUUCGAAAUUGGCAGCCCAGAAACAUCAUCUUCUCAUAAGGCCCCUCUGUUGCAAAGCUACAAGAAUGAACAAGUGUAAAGCUUGUAUCUAUUAGUAACAUCCAUGUCUACUUUAGAGAGCAAUAUAGGUAAAGCAUGUACAUAUUAGUAAAAGUGGUCAAGUUUCUCACCACCUGCUUCGACAGGUAAGAGUAGGGGUGUAAGCCAGUCUCUUCUCAAAACCCUUUCCCCAGCUCCCACUGUAAACGAACUUCAAGCUAGAUUAUAACUUGGCCUUGGCGUCGUUUAUAAAUUAACCGUGGGAAUAAGCACAA